AAGUUUCUUUCCUAAAUUUGUACAGUCCUUCCUCUUAAGCUUUAAAGGGCAGUUUGGUGAGAUGUAUAUAUCUACCCAUUCGUUUUUAUUCCUAGUAUGGCAUUGGGACUGUAUUUGUAGUGACUUAUUACAAGAAAAUCGUAUCAUGAGGCAAACGGAAGAAAUGGAUCUGUUACUUCCAAACCUGAAACAAAUUUUGACGGGAAUACUUGUUACAGCCAUUGCAGGAGGACUAUUUUAUAUGUUAUGUAGGAAAUGCAAAACUGGAUCCAAAGAAGUCAAAAUAUUGAGUAUUCAUGAUGAUGCAGACAAACUACCCGAUCAUCUGGAAUGCCUUAAAUCUCUUAUCAAACGUGAAAUAAAACGCAAAGUCGAAUGGGAGAAAAAAAUAAAAAAAGGACGGAAAUACUUGCUACCUUGCAACAUUUCAAGUCGGGUAUCUCAUGAUGUUCACCAUGCAUUUAAACAACUAAAUUUACAAGUUACAGAAAAAGGAUUGGAGAAGCAGAUUUUACUUGUUCCCAUGCACAGAACUGAAAGCGAGAAGCCCCAUAUCACGGAAACAAAAAUUGGCGCUGAUGAUUCAGAUCUGAAUAAGUUUAAACGUGUUGAUAUAAUGUAUAAGGGACGCUAUACUGUUGUUAAUGGUACCAGACUUGUUGGAGAAGGCAUUAAAAACUUCUUAGCUAACAGAUAACUUUGUGGUGUUGCUGGUUAAGCCUAUAAUGCAGCUUGCAUUUUUUGAUGGAACCAUAAUAUACUACAGACUUGAACAAUAACAUGGUGCAAAAAAUGAGCUCUGUGAAGUAUAUAUCCAUAAAUCAUUAACAAAUUAUGAACGUAUUUUUACAUCAUUGUUGCUUGAUUUCAUAUACUCAAUGUGUUAAAAAGUAUUGUUUAACAUAUAAAAAUAUUUUUUAUAGUGAUCGUAUAUUUUGCUUGCAGUCAUUUUUCAUCUGUUCAGACUGUAGAAAUUCUAAUUAUCAUAAUUAGAAUAGAAUAUAAUGAAGAAGGUACGGUUUGGGCUUAUUUUUGCCCUUAAAAAACAAUGCUCUUAAAAAGCUAUAAAAAUGCUUGUAACAUAAGUUGAAUAAAUCUUAAAAUGAC